CAAAGCCAGGGCGAUAAGUAUAAAUAUGAUCAACAGUUUAAUCAUUCCGUGCUUAGAAAACCGACUGAAAAAUAUCCAAAAUGAAGUUGUUACUCCUUUUCCUGGGAGUGACUUUCAGUGGAUUGGCAAAUGCCUACUUUGAUGAUGCAAAUGGAUCUGGAAGUUUUGCAAUUGAAGACAUGGAUGUGGAAAUAGAUGACGUGAAAGCUUGUCCUCCUGGAUCGAAAGAUGCAAGAUGUGCAUACAAAAGUUUUCCGGAACCAUUUACCGUUCCCACCGACGAAUGGGCGACAGAAUGGCCCCUACCAUACCCUAUGUGUGCGUGGUACGGACUCUCUUUUCUUGUCACAUUUGACGGUCAAUCGUUCCAGAAGACCGGGCGAUGCAUGUACACCAUGUUUGAGAGGGACAACGCCUUACUCCCAGAGUUAUCGGUCAAUGUUCGUCGCAACCCUGGAUGUACAUAUGGAGAUUGUAUUGAGGAUAUCCACAUCAAGCAUGAGAACCAUCUCAUUGAACUUAAACCUGGUAAAGAAGCAAUUCUUACCAACCUUGAACAAGGACUCUCUACAAAUUAUGGAAAAAGCGAGGAAGUUUUCCUUGACUUCAUGGAAAUUGGUCUUUCCAACAACUUGAGAUACGUGUCUCUGCUGGGGGGUGAAAUCAAGAUCUAUUACGAUGGGAUGUCAGAUAUAUACAUCCAGCUCCAUGGCUACCAGGAUGGGAUGACAGGGAUGUGCGGAAGAGAUGAUGGAAAUCCUCCUGAGGACCCCACCUUCAUGAACUUCAUGGAUAGUACGUGUGCUGGUGAAACAUAUGCGAACUACCCAGUGUCAGAGGAAUGUACGAGAAGCAAGACUGUCAGAGACGCUUGCAAGUUUCUUACCAACGGACCUCUUUCUGAAUGCAAUCGUGUUGUGAAUCCUGGCAUGUUCUUACAUCAAUGUGCCGUCCAAAUGUGUUCGUGCAACUACCUUGAAAAUGAGCAUUGUUUGUGUGACGUGGCGGACCAAUACGCACGUGUGUGCGCGAUCUCUUGGGUGGAAAUUCCUGAGUUCAGAUCUGAGUUGCCUUCAGUGUGUGCAAGAAGCUGCUUUGGGGGUUCUGAAUGGACAGAAUGUGGCAGAUCUUUUGCCCCAACUUGUGCUUCAGCAAACUUAAUGAAUGCUUACCUUAGUCCUUGCAUUUCUCGAUGCCAAUGCCCAUCAGGUGAAUACAUGGACCAUAACGAACAAUGCCAAACAAUAGAGCGUUGUGGAUGUUCCUUUAUGGGUAAGAUGUACAGCGCCGGUCAAACUCGUUCCGUCGAUUGCAAUACUUGCACUUGCCAAAAUGCUGGCUGGUCUUGUACAUCGGAAAUUUGUUCAGCAACUGCCUGGUCUUAUGGUCACCACCAUUAUAAGACUUUCGAUAAGAAAUAUUUCACCCAAGUGGAAAACUGCCAAGUUCUUUUGGCUGGAGACGACCAAUACAUGUUUCAAGUGUAUGUAACAACUACAAGAGGUGAUCGGCACAUGUUCGACAAAGACGUUGAUGUGUUUGUGAAGAACAACAUGCAUAUGAACCAUUAUUUACUUGGACACGAUGGAACUCUUUCAUUCCACAUGCAUGGUGAACAAGGAAUGGUACAACAACCUCUCCCAUACUCACAGAGUGGGGUUGUGGAGAUUCAGCGCUUUGGCGAACGUGGGUUCACCAUGUUUCUUGUGGCAACUGGAGUAACUGUUCAGUUCGACGGCCUCAGUUUUGUUGUCGUUGAGGUACCGGGUCAAUUCUCCAACAAAAUGCGAGGUCUUGGCGGAAAUUAUAACGGACUCCAAAAUGAUGACUUCAAACUACCAUCCAAGAAGUCAGCGGAAGUGGAAGAAUUUGUAGCAGCUUGGAGGCGUGACGUAACUUGCAAAAACACUGAACGUUAUUUCCCAUCUAUCUGUUACGAUGAUGAUGUUGAGCACGUCUGCGGACAUCUCCUUGAUGACGCAAACCGUCCUUGUGGAUCCGUGGUAGAACUUGCAAAGGUCCAUUCCAUGUGUGUUGAAGAUGCUUGCAACUGCAACUAUGAGAUGAGAGACCAAGUGAUCUGUAACUUCGUCACAUCUGUUCUAUCAGUUUGCACGAAUGCUGGUUUUACAAACACCUGGCUUCCAAUUCACCUUGGAGAAUUCUGUCCAAUUGUUUGUCCUGACGACCGUGUGUUGGCGGAUUGCUCAAGUACUUGCACAACCUCUUGCCAGUCAAUUGAUCUUUUCUGUACACAGGCAUGUUAUGCUGGAUGCUUCUGCCCACCUGGAACAUACGAAAGCGCUGAUGGAAGUUGUGUUUCACAAGAGGAAUGUGGUUGUUAUUACCGUGACGCAUGGUAUGAAGCAAGAUCCAUCACCAAAUUUGAAACUUUGGGAUUGAAAUGUACUUGCACCUCUGGCUCAAUGCAGUGUGACAAUUACGAUGUGGAGAAGGAAUGUCCAGGAGAAAUGGUAUGGUAUGAUUGCGCCAACGUGGAACCUGGUUUCGCUGCUGCAGCUGAAAUGAACUCAUGUUCGGCACCGUUCAUGCCUGUAUUGGUGGAAGAGUGCGUGUCAGGAUGUGCUUGUCCACCUGGUCUAUACUGCACCCCAUCAAUGAAGUGUGUACCAUUGGAAGAAUGUGGAUGCAUGGGAAGCAAUGAAAAAUAUUACCAACCUGGUGAAAGCUACACUGAUGACUGCAAUGUCUGCACUUGCAACGGCGGAAUAUUUACUUGCACAGACGAGGCGUGCCCACGCACUUGCUCCUCCAGUGGUGGCUCUCAUUACCAAACUUUUGACGGACUUUUCUAUGAUUUCCAUGGCACGUGUGAAUACGUUCUUGCCACUGAUUAUUGCCCCAACAACCCAGGUGGUGGACUCUUCAGCAUUACAACUAAGAACGUACUUUGCGGUUCCACUGGACUUACAUGUUCCAAAACUGUGGUCAUUACCAUAAAGAACAAGCAAAUUGAACUGACACAAGGUAUGGAACCUCACAUUCACUCAAUUGAGAACACACGGUUCCGACGUGCAAUCACCGGCUUCACUGACCACAGAACCGCAGAAAUUUUCACCGUUAAACAGAAAGGUCUUUUCACUGAGAUUUCCACCUGUAUUGGAAUCACUGUGCUAUGGGACAACGGAACCAGAAUUUACAUUCGUCUGACACCAGAGUUCCAGGGUAUUGUUUGUGGGCUGUGUGGAAACUUUGACGGAAUCGACAGCAACGAUUAUACGACCAGUGGUGGGGCAAUGGGAGAUGCUGUGGAAUUUGGGAACAGCUGGAAGGUGCCAGAUUCAACUCUGACCUGCAAGGACGCCACCUUUGAAUCUCAAAUAAAUGACACUUGCAAACUUCGACCUGAAAGACGUGAAUGGGCCGAGAAAAAAUGCCAAGCUAUUAUGGAUUCUGAACUAUUUGGAGAUUGUCACGCCAAGCUUUGUCCAUGCAAGUUUUACGAGGCGUGCGUGAUGGACACUUGCGGUUGUGACAUGGGUGGUGACUGCGAAUGCACGUGCACGGCCAUCGCUGACUACGCGCACCAAUGUGCACAGAAGGGAGUUGUGGUGGAAUGGAGAAACAUGAAGCGAUGUCCUCUGAUGUGUGAGAUUUACAACAAGGGUGAUGAAUGCACAUGGCACUACAGAGGAUGCGAUACGUGCAUCACUGACACUUGCUGUGAAUGCCAAUCUCCAGAAGACACAAACUGGUGUGUUGAAGGCUGCUUCCCUAAGUGCCCAGAAGGUUACAUUCUGGAUGAGAUGACCCAAAAAUGCAUCUCUAAGAUGUUCCGUGAGGAGAAAUGCACCCGCUACUCUGAAGAGAACAGAUGCAGAGUCUGUGAGCCAUGCAAUGUAUGUAAGACCAAAGCUGGUGGGGUCAUGAGAAUUGCUCCUGGAGAGACCAAGUACUUUCCAUUAGACACCGAUACUUGUGAAAAAGAGGUGUGUGCCUCAACCACUGAGGGUGAUCUCUGCUAUAAUGGAACAAUCGGACUUUACAUUUGUGAGGAAGAAUACAAACCAAAACCAACAUAUGACCCAUACUUCUAUGAGCUAACUUGUGUCAAUUCCACAACCUCUCUCUGUAAGAACUGCAGAGAUUGCGAGAAGAAAUGCAUCAUCCGUGAGGAUUCUUGUGAAGAAGGAAGAGAAAUGGGAGAUGAAUGGAAGAAGGUGUUCAAUUUCGACCCAGUACCAACCUCAGGACCCCUCACUUACUGCAAGGAGUAUUACUGCAUUGCACAUCCCGAUGCUACCGAACCUCAAUGCAAUGUCCAGAUUGAAAAGGAACACGAAUGUGUGGACACAGGAAUAGACAAAAUAUGCGAGGAACAUCAAAAACUUGUGGUUUUCGCAACAAAUGAUUCUUGCUGUCCAAUGAGCUGGGACUGCGUAUGUGACGUCUGUCAGCAUGAAGAUGGAACUCUUGACUCAUCGAUUGUCCCUGGUCAAUCUCGCGACUGGUGUGAGGACCCAGCAGAGUCCAACUGCUGCUACACCGAUACUUGUGCCACAAAAUCUGAAGUCAGACAAUGCCAUAAGAUCGGUGUGGAGAAGCACCCAUGCACCACCGGACCUACACCCACUUGCGCUACAGGUUAUAUCUGGGUGAACAGAACCCGCCCAGCCGAUUGCUGCCCAUGGGGCGAAUGCGUGUGCGAUUCAUGUACCGACUACGACGUGUACAACAAAAAGCGACUCGUUGGCAUCGGCGAGCGUUGGAACAAGAAAUGCCUUAAAUUUGAGUGCACACGUGAAGUCCGAGGCGACGACGGCUGCUUUAACAUUUUCAACUACGAGAAUGUCACAUGCGGUGUACGCCCAGACUGCCCAGACCGCAUGCACAGCGUUAUUACUGGAUUGGAUAAAUGGCAAUGUUGCGACACCUACGGAUGCGAAUGUAACGAACAGUGUUUGGUGAAGAUCGACGGCAAAGUUAGCGCUUUCGAGCCCGACGUCGAGUGGAAAAUGGACGGCUGCUGGCACCAAUGCUUCGAUCCAAAGAAAGGGUUCGAAGGGCCAAGAACGAACCAGUCUGAUUGUCCAUACCAUCAGCAGAUUUGUCAUAAACCAGCAGAUUGCCCGCCAUGCCACACCAUAGAAGGAACGGAGGACGACGAAUGUGGUUGCCCCAAGUACAUCUGUGAGCCGAUCCCACGAUGCCCAUUGAUCAACUGCACAUUCCCAUACCUCCGCAAGAUGGUGCCAUCGGAUCCCUGCAGAGAGCCAUGUUAUGAAUGCACCUGCGACCAUGUAUGCUGGGAUCAAUUCGACAACUCGACCUACUUGCCGGAAGAAAACUGGAGACGUGUCUACAGAAAAGACGAACGAAAAUGCGAAGACUGCUCCUGUACUAACGAUGUUGACGAAGAUGGUUGCUUGAAAGAGACAUGCGAACCAGUGCCGUGCCCACCGACUGAAGAAUGCCCAAGCCCGUACGAUGAAGCUGUCACCAGGAUUACUGAAUGCGGUUGCGUCGAGCUCGUGCGAUGCGUUUGCCCGUACUGUAAGUUCGAGGAUGACGUAAUGAAGGACAAGGAAGUUGGAUCGACUUGGACUGUUGGAGACGUUGAAAGGGGUUGCUAUGAUACUUACGUAUGCAACAAUAACAAGGACAUUGGUCAAGACAACGAAUGUUACAAUGUUACUAAACAACGCAUGCCAUGCCCUGACUUUACGUGCCCAGAGAACUACGAGAUGGUAAAAGACGAAGUGAACAGUUGUUGCUACCCUGACGAGGAAUGCUGCGACCACUACAUCUGCGAAUGCCGUGUAUGCAACUUCGACGGCAAAGUGUACCAGGUCGGAGACAAAUGGACCAAGGACUGCUUCAACUACGAGUGUACAGAUACCACUGAUCCUACAGAUAUAAACAAAUGCUACCUCGCUGUAAAAGAAGUCGUGCCUUGUCCUGACCCCAAGCCAGAAUGCAAGGACUGUUACGUGUCUUACCUGAAGCAACCACGUGUAGUGCCAGAGUUCUGUUGCGAGAUUUGGGAUUGCGAACCCGAGAUGUUGUGUGAUAGGAACGGAGAAAAGAUCGCUAACGGUACCGAAUGGUAUGCUUAUGACGAGGACGAAAACGGUUGCAUUAAACGUCGGUGUUAUGUGUCUGAGGAAGACUGGGCCAACGGAAUUUGCCCUGACACGCCCACCAUACCACCAUGCAUUGAAGACGAGACACAGUGCGAGAAAUGCGAAAACCGAACCAUUGUGAAGGACAUAUGCGACUGCGAUAAAGUUACUUGCCCUCCACUUAACUCACCCGAACAAUGUACAAACCCUGCCGAAAAUCAACGUAUUGUCCCCAUGGCAACCAACGACAUGUGUUUCCCAAGCCGAAACUGCUGCGUUUGUGACAACACCUGCUUGUACAAGGGCGUCAAACGUCGCCUUUACGAAACCUGGUGGGACUUUGAAGCUUGCAAGCGUAUGAGGUGUAUUGUACCUUCCAUGAUGGUUGAAAAACUUCAGGUGGAGGAAGACGACUGGGACACUAUCAAGGAAACACUUGACUACAGGACCGCAAUGGAGGCGACACGCAAGGCGCGUUUCAUCUACGAUGAAUGCCAGCAGGACCCUGCCCUCUGUCCAACUGCAUUUGAAGUUGGUUGCCCCGAACCUGUACCUUGUGCUGAGUGCCAGACCACUACUGUUGUGAAAGACAAAUGCGGAUGUGACGUCAACGAAUGCGUCGAUUACGUAUGCCCGCCAUCCCCUUAUGACGUCACCGAGUGUCAACCACCACGUUCGAAACUCGUCGAAAUUUCAUUGAACGGCGUUCACCCAUACUUCCCAUGUUGUCCUGUUGGUAACAACUGCACUUGCCCCGAUGGUUGUAUUGACCGUAAUGGUACACUUCAUGCCAAGGACACUGAAUGGGACGAUUGGAAGACCUACGAAUGCGGCGUCAAACGCAGAUUCCGUUGCCGUGCUGCUGUACCAUCAGAUGAGAACGAAUGCCCCCAGAUCGAAGAAGUUCCCUGCAUCGCUCCAACCGCGUGCGAUAACUGUUUCGUCACAAUACCAUUCAAGGACGAUUACUGUUGCGACCAAGUUACUUGCGUUGAGAUGACGUGCAAUGUGACGACUCCGUCAGAUUGCGUGGACAAGUACUACCCGUUUACUGUAAUGAAAACUGAUGCAGUUAAGACGAACAACGGAUGCUGUCCUCACUACUGUGACUGCCCUGACAUUUGCAAAGACGAAUUCGACAGUGUUGAACACGAUAAGAACGAAAAAUGGAGUCAUCCGAAAUCGAACUGCUGGGACCGUAUCUGUCUUGUCGACAAGACCAAGGCCAUUAACCAAGGGUGUCCCUACAUCGAGAACCGAACCGUGUGUGUUGAGCCCCAGGAAUGCGACGUCUGUUAUCAUAAAAUUGACACCAAAGACAGUUGUGGCUGCACAGAGAGAGUUUGUGAAAAGGAUCCGUGCCCAAGACCACCGUGCGACGACGAGUGCAAGCAUAUUGUAGAUACUGGCGAACGUGACAGCUGCGAUUGUCCUGUACUUGAAUGCAAACUGAAGGAAUGCCCCAAACACAGCGUGACGUGCGAUGACCCCGAAAUGGACGUCUACUCGUGGAUGAACUACGACGUAGAUAAGUGCUGCAAGCAAUACGACUGCAGAUGCAACUACUCGAGAUGCGAAGAACCGAACUGUGGACCAAACCAGGUCGCUGUACGUAACGUUACGACCCAAAAAUGCUGCUGUCCUGAAUACGAUUGCUUGGAAGAGCCACCGAAUGAGGAUUAUUGUCUCUUCGGAUCCAUCAAAAAGAAGAUCGGCGAAAAAUGGAUCAACAAAGACAACGUUUGCGAAAUGAUGCAAUGUACAUACGAGAACGCUCGCUCUAAGAAGACCAAGAUUGACAUCUGGGAUCGCUACACUUGUGCAAGCACUACUAACCGCCGUAUCGCAAGAGCUACAACUUGUGUUAACUACGAGACCCCAUACUGGGCAACAACCAAAGAAGGCUGCUGUCGGGAAUCUGUCUGCCCAUGCGUGUGCGAAUUAUAUGGCGACCCUCACUACAAAACAUUCGACGGACUUAAGUACGAUUUCCAGGGCAAAUGUAACUACGUCUUGAUGAAGGAGCACAGAUAUAACGAGACAGAAAUCAUCGUCGACAACGAAUUGUGCAGAUUCUGGAGAGCAGCAAAUAAAGACCUCAGCUGUCUUAAGACACUCAUCGUUUUGCAUAAAGGAAAUAACUACACGUUCACUUUCGGACAGAAGUUCGUCUACAACGGCGUUGAGACUGAAGUCUUAUCCGCGUGGGAAGGCGACGAUGUCAGAGUUGAGGUGUCAGGAUACAAGGAACUUGAGCUAAAGAUUAUAUCACUUGGAAUUAGUGCUAUUUACAAGACAGAAGUAUGGCAUCAAGCACUUACUCUCAAAAUCCCAUAUGAAGCUUACGAAGGAAAAAUGACUGGACUGUGCGGCGUGUGUAACAACGACCAAAGCGACGAUCUCACCAGCAAACUUCACAAGCUACAUAAUGUGGCCGAUCAAGCAGACAUUGAUAAGUUUGCUGAAACCUGGAUUAAGUCGUCGAAAUACAUCGAUGAUUCUCAAUGCUUCCCAGUGGAGCCUGACUGCCCAGCUGAACCAGUGUACCCCGACUGCCCUACCACAAUGCCGGACCUUGAAUGCAUUAACUGUGAGAACAGAUGCCACCUCUCGCACCCCAAAUGCAACGCAUGCGAGGAUGACCCGUGUGAUGUCCUUACCGACGAGCCAGCUUUCGAAGCCUGCAGAGUUAGCGUGGAUGCCGAUUCAUAUGUCCCACAAUGUCAGUACGAUGUUUCUCUGCUCAGCAAUACCACUGAUGUUAAAUGCGAUCCAUGCAACUCACCGUCCGUUGCUCAGUUCGCAUCCAAAUGUCAACAAGUCGGAAAAUGCGUCAAAUGGAGAGAAGCACUUGAUUGUCCAGUCACGGACUGUCCAUUCAACCAAGAAUUUCGUGAAUGCGACAAGAACGCCCUCAAAUACAGAUCAUGCGACAACCUUACUGUGUGGGAUGAUGGUAUGAACGUCGACGGAUGCUUCUGUCCAGAGGGAAUGGUCAGAAAGUCUGCGAAAUCUAAGGAGUGCAUCCCGGCACAAUGUUGUUUCGCAUGCCCUGAGCCCCCGACCUGCGAAUCUGGUGAAAGAAAGACACAAGGCGAGGACGAAUGUGGUUGUCCUAUCUACUACUGCGAAACUGGAGCAGGUACAGCCGAAGGAUGCGUUCCGGUUGCGGCAAAGGCGAGUGGUAUCGUAAAGAUGUCGAAAACUUUUAAGAUCUGUUUAUCUGUUGCGCAGUUUGACACGCAACUGUGUAGCGGAAUGUGCAGCUCUGGUUCUACCCUUGGAAAAGAUGGUGAAACUUCAUGUACUACGUCAUCCUGCAAAGCAACUGAGAUUGAGAGCAUUCCAGUGUCUUUGAUGUGUGGUGAUGGCUCGACCAUCGAAUCCGAGAUCGAAAAGCACAUCGCGUGUUCGUGCGAGUCGCAACCUUGCCAAUAAGUUUUCGAUAAUUUCUCGUGACCCCUGGCUUUGAUAUCAAUUUACCGACCUUGAUUUUGCCUCUUCUCGUGACUUAACUUUAUUUUGGCUUUCACAGUUCAAUGUUAAAUACGGUUAUUUUUCCUGAAUAUUAAUCAUAUACAGAACUCAAUUUUUAAAACCGAUAACUUUUAAAAUUUAACUGUCACGAAAAGAAUUCCGUUAUUUUUCUUUUUCUGCUUGAGCAUGUAUAUAGGCCCGAGUUUUAUGUUGUUUAUUGCUAUGUGCGCUGCCGAAGCGAUAGAGGACGUACCAAAUAAAACUCUGCAUUAAAAUA